AUGGCAUUCCUGCCGAGACGCCGAUUGAUCCGGGCUGGACGGCCGAUUGGCCUGACUUUGCUGGUGGCCGCCGCCGCGUGCUGGCAGACUGCCUGGCUGCUUCCACAGACUGUGGGACAGGCGCCAGGCGCCUCGCGGCGCUCGGCACUCCUUGGGGCUGCAGCUGCUGCUUUGGCGGCGCCCUCCUCCGUCCGUGCCUUCGGGGACGUGAAGAUGCCCAUGUCCAACGUGCGAUGGAAGGAGGUGCAGUGCAACCCGGACAAAGGCGAGAUGCUCAAGGGCACCAGGGCGACCUAUGGCCUAGAGCCGCGGUGCGUGGAGGUGACAGCGUCAGUGACAAAUCCAGAAGACAAGGUGCUCAAAAAGGCCGGUGUUUUCGGGAAGGUGAACAACAUCGAGGAGCAGACCUCUGUCCUAGCGAAUGCCAUGGAUGGUGCGUCCGACAAUGGCCAGUUCACUCUCAUCGAAGAGAUCCCUCCUGGCACUAGUGAUGUAGUCUUUCGGUUCGUCGCAGCCUUGCCAAAGAAGUACAACAACGGGCCCCUCCCCAACCUGGAGUUUUUCCAGCUUAAGGCGAGCUGGUAUCCGGGUGCUGUUCGAUGGCAGCCCCUCAGCGAGUGCGACUUGAACCCCACUGCCGACGGCUGUGAGGAGGCAGAGCGCUUUUGCAAGAACUGCCAGAACAACCUGAGUGCGGAUGGAAAGCCCAUCUACUCAUAA